AUGGCGCUCACUUCCCCACUCGAGACUCGACGCGACGCGCGUGUGCUCCGAGCGGGGUCGGUCUCUCUCGCGCGCGUAUUCACGCUGCUAUCGGACGAGAUGGCAGCAGCGGCCGAAGAAGCCGUCGUCGUCGUCGACAUCGGGGGAAGAACGACGAAGAAGAAAACCGAUGACGACGACGACGACGACGUCGAGGGCGCGGCGGACGGCGAAGCCGAAGACCUCCUCGAGCUCUGCGAGGAGGACGUCUGGGGGACGAUGGACGGCGACGAGGAGGAGAGAGACGACCUCGACGCCGAGCGAGCGUCCGUGAGCAGCGACGACGAGGACGAAGACGACGACGAAGGGAGCCACCACGACGUGAGCCGACGACGCGACCACUUCGCGAUGGAGCUCACGCCGCGCGUCCCGUCGGCGACGUACGGCUCCCUCCCUGCGUGGCGGCACUCCUCGCUCCCGCGCGCGAUCGUCCGACCGCCCGGGCGGGCGGCUGACGCGGAGACGGCUGGGAAGAGGGGGUCGCCGUCGCCGUCGGACGCGCGAACAGCGAAAGCUGCGCGCGCGGGCGGGGGGAUCGCGACGCUACUCGCGUCCUCGCUCCCGGACGACGACGACGCGAUGUUCAUCCCGCCGCACGUGUACGCGUCGACGUACGGCGCGCGCGGGACCGGGAGCGUGAGCGAGCGCGCGUUUUGGGGCGACGCGGCGUCUGGAAUGGACCAGUUAUUAUUAGGCGGCAGCGUGGUGAGCGGACGCGGGCACACGCUCAAGGGUAGAGACGCGCUGAAGAUGCGCACGGCGAUCCUGAGGCAGACCGGGUUCGUGGAGCCGACGAUGACGGCGUUGGACGCGAUGAACGGCGGCGCGGGGUCGUUCGAGGGGGAGAGGGUGCCGAGGGUGCCGACGCCGGCGAUCGCGCCGCGGAUGGGGGGAGGGACGACGUCGCCCACCACGUGAUGAGCGUCGGAGUCGAGCGGCUUCGUGAAAUAUUACAGUACUAUUACGCGCGAUGAAACGAGUACGACGUUCGCGAGGCUCGUGCAGUUCGACGUUACAUCGCUAG